AUGCGGUUUCCCCCACGGGCAGCGGCCAUGCUAUUUUCCCUGCGGGCGGCGGUUGGGGAGGCGCAUCCCUCCACCUCGUUCUCCAUCGAAAGCCCUCCGCUCUCCUCUGUGCGGUGCAGACCAGCAGCCGUCUGGCGGGGAGAAGGCGUGGGGUCACCAGCGAGAGCGCACCGCGUAGCGCCGUCGCAUGGUCACUGUUGCGACCACUUCCAGGUGGCCAUACACAUGUACCCCUUUCGUCUAGAUGGUGUCCAUGGGAUCCAGGAGGCUGUACACAUGCAGUGGUGGAUCAAUGCUAGUGGCACACUCAAGGUUUCAGAUUUUGAAUUGAGCACACUAUCUCGACAAGGCCAUUGGUGGAUCGAUGUUAGCGGAGCACUCAAGGUUUUUGAUUUUGAAUCAAACACACUAUCUGAACGAGUCCGUGUAGGAAAAAUCUUCCUGGGCCGGAAUGCUUUUGAGACCAGUGUCCACACCACACGGGAAACCCUACCUGAGGGAAUAAAAGAGGCCGCCGCCCGCCAAUACCCCGCGCGCUCCGACGGCGACGGUCCGAGUCCGGCCACCGCCCUUCCACCUCCGCCUACGACCUCCCCUCCCUCUCCCUCGCAGUCGCAAAUUUGGCCGGCCACCAGCCCUGAUACAUACACCUCAUUGAUGGGACGCAAAAUCAAGAGGAACGCCGGACCCAAGAAGGCCAAGGUCUGGCAACCGGGUGUCGAUGCACUGGAAGAUGGAGAGGAGCUCCACUUUGAUCCCGAGGCUUACAAUUAUAUCCGAGGGUUCGGCAUUGGCUGGUCUUGCUUGAGUUUUGAUGUUGUGCGCGAUCAACUUGGACUUGUCCGAUCAGAGUUUCCCCACACAUUCUAUGGUGUUGCAGGAACGCAGGCUGACAAGGCUUCAAGUAAUUAUAUUGGCAUUUUCAAGCUUUCCAACAUAAGCGGGAAGAAACGGGAACCUGCACCAUCUUCAGCCAUUGAUGGUGACGCUGAUGUGGAUAGUGAGAGCAGCAGCGAUGAAGAAGAUGAAGAAACUAAUGAGGAUACAAGGCCCAUCCUACAUCUAAAAAAGGUGGCUCAUGCGGGUUGUGUAAAUCGGAUACGCUCAAUGACUCAAAAACCACAUAUAUGUGCUACGUGGGGAGCUACUGGUCAUGUUCAGGUAUGGGACUUGAGCUCCGUCCUUAAUUCUUUAGCAGAGUCAGCGACACCUGCACCCAAAGAAGAUGACAUAAUCCACAGACAGACACCUAUGAAAGUAUUUAGUGGCCAUAAAGCUGAGGGAUAUGCAAUCGAUUGGAGUCCACUUGUUACCGGAAGGCUUGUUUCUGGUGACUGCAAUAAGAGCAUUCACCUGUGGGAGCCGACUCCAUCUAGCUGGAACAUAGAUGCGAAUCCAUUUGUUGGACACUCAGCCAGUGUUGAAGAUUUACAGUGGAGUCCCACGGAAGCCAACGUAUUUGCCUCUUGUUCCGUUGAUGGAACGAUAUCAAUAUGGGAUGUACGUACAGGGAAGGAACCUCGUAUAUCUAUCAAGGCUCAUAAAGCUGAUGUGAAUGUUAUCUCAUGGAAUAGAAUUUGGGACCUUUCAUUGGAAAGAGAUGCAGAAGAGGAGGCUGAGUUCAGAGCAAAGAUGAAAGAGCAGGCAAAUACACCAGAAGAUUUGCCCCCACAACUUCUAUUUGUUCAUCAGGGCCAGAGAGAUUUGAAAGAACUGCACUGGCAUCCACAGAUACCCUCGAUGAUCAUAUCGACGGCAAUUGAUGGCUUCAAUGUCUUGAUGCCUAGCAACAUUGAUACAACCAUUCCUGGCAACACUGAUACAACCAUGGCAUCUUCUGAGCCAUAG